UUCCUAAUCUGCACAAAAAAAAAAAACAGUGGGAUAUUUUAUUUUUGCUUAGUUUGCUUUUGGUAGUAUACAUGAUUUUUGCUGUAAGGAUAAGAAAUGUUAAUUUCUCAUAGUUAUGACACAUUUAAAUUUAAUUGCUCCAUGGCUGUCCUCAGUUCAUUGGCUGUUGUUGGAUUUGUACUGUAAAUUCUCUCUUUUAAGUAUUCCCAUAAUGAAAAGUCUAACAGUGUGAAGCCCAGUGAAUACAAAGAGUAUUCUGCUGUACAUUUUUGUCUGAUUCACCAGAUUCUUCUUCAAAAAAUAGAGAAGAGAAAAUACAAUACAUGAAGUAUAGAUGAAAAUUGGAAUAAUUCCUUAAAAAAAUAUCAGUGAACAAACUAUAAAAAAAAUGAACUUUUGGAGAAAAGUGUCUUCAAUAAGAAAAUCUUAUUCAACACUUGUAAUUUUAUUCAUCCUUAUGAUGAUAAUAAUAAUGUUUACUAGCAGGAAAAGAAAGUCAAUAUCAAUGUUAAAAUCAGAAUUUGUAAGGAAAGCUUUGAUGACACUUUCAAAUCGCAAAGUUGAUUCUUUUAACUGUGCCAAGAUUUUUGAUAAUGAUUUCCAAACAUCACCUGAAUUAAAGGAGCAAGCAAAGAAAUAUCCACAUCCUGCACAAGACUUGUUGAAGCUGUCAAAAAACUGUUCAAGGUUGAUAACUGAAAGAGGAUACUUCACGAACAGUAUGACAAUAGAAGAGGAAUCUUUCCCAAUUGCCUAUGGAAUAUUCUUUCAUCAUCAAGUCACACAAAUGGAGCAACUUCUAAGAGCAAUAUACCGCCCACAGAACAUAUAUGUCAUCCAUCUGGACCAAAAAGCUGCCAUUUCUGACUACCAUGUCGCCAAAUCAAUUGCCGAAUGCUUCCCAAAUGUGUUUCUAAGCAGUAAAAGAUUUGCUAUAAAGUGGGGUGAUUUUAGCCUUGUUGAAGCAGAUCUGGUAGUGAUGAGAGAUUUGUUGCGCUUUUCAUCAUGGCGUUAUUACAUUAAUCUUUGUGGAAUGGAUUUCCCUUUAAAAACUAAUCUUCAGAUAGUCAGGUUUCUUCGAGGACUUAAUGGAAAAAAUAUUGUCGAACUUGACUUCAGACGUUGGAUACACAGAUGGAGGAAAGCAUUAAAACAGAAACCAGUACCACACAAUAUCACGUUAGCUAAAGGGUCACACUAUGUUGCAGUAACUCGAGACUUUAUAAACUAUACAGUCAAUAACCGAAUUGCUCAGGAUUUAAUAAAUUGGCUAAGAAACACAACUAUUCCAGAUGAAUCUGUAUACCCCACCAUUUUUUAUAAUACACAUAUUGGAUCACCACAUCCUUAUAAUAGUUCAUAUUCUCAGAUUUACAAACUGGCAAAAUAUGUUGUUUGGCAGGAUACAAAAAAUAAAAACGAAAGUAUAUGUUACGGAUCUUUUAGACGCAGUGUAUGUGCUUUUGGACUUCAAGACCUCAAACGAAUUACUUUAGAAAAACAUCUGUUUGCCAACAAAUUCUAUAGAAACUUACCAUAUGCCUGCUUGGAAGAAUGGCAUUUUAAUAAAACACAUGAUGAAUAUUUGAGUCUGGUCAACAACGUGCCCCCACAGAGUGACUGGUGGAAAAGGAUUGAAAGAAUGGGAUUACAGGAAACAACGUAAUGAUUAAAUCCCAUCAGUCAUAUUAGUAAUUUAAACACCCACCAGCAUCACCAUCAUUACCAAUACACCACCACCACCAUCAUCAGUAUUGUUAUCAGUGCUUGCACAUCUAUUUUUCCAUGCUUGUAUGGGUCAAAUGAAAUUUGUUGAGACAGAUUUAUGGUAGGAAGAUCUUCCUGUUACCAUUAACAUCAUCAUCAUCGUCUUUAACGUUCUAUGCUUGCAUAGAUCAGGUGGAAUUCAUUGAAGCAGGUUUUUCUAUGGCUGGAUGUUAUUCUUGUGGCCAACACUCACCUGUUUCAAAGCAUGACAUGAUACAUUUUCAGGGAACAACAUCACUUGGCAUGUAUGAUGGUGAUGCUUGUUAAUAAUUAUUGCUUAUAAUCCAUGAUGUCAAGAUAAGGGGACACACAUACACACACACAAAUCUUUAUAUAUAAAACUGAAAUUGUGUGUGUGAGUGUCUG